UCGUCCAAUCAGCGCGCUCUCCUCCUACAAGGGUGUGUCGAGGCCAGCCACCAUCACAUUAACCUCAAUGAAAACACAUCACCUCUAGGUAGAAGGCUUGUUACACACACACCUCUCCUCCUGCUGCAGAAAUCACCUGACACAGCACCACAACAACACCCCGCGGCAGGUUACUUCGACCAGUGCAUGAACUGGGAUGUCUGCAGCCGACUGGUACGCUCACAAAUCGCUCGGAGACGGACUGUUCUGGAUCCAGGAGCGCUUCUACCAGUCGGAGAACCGGGCCAACAUCUGGCUGCUCCGCGGCUCGCACCAGGACGUGGUGAUCGACACCGGGCUGGGUUUGAGGAGCUUACCGGACUACAUCGACGGUAACAAGCUGCUGGGCGAAGACCCGCAGAGGAAGAACCCGCUGCUGGCCAUCGCCACCCACGCCCACUUCGACCACUCGGGCGGUCUGCAUCAGUUCCAACAGGUGGGCGUCCACAGCGCCGAGGUCGAUGCUUUGGCCAACGGGGACAAUUUCGAGACGGCCACCUGGCUCAGCGACAGAGAGAUAGCCGAGGCUCCCAGUCCGGGAUGGAGGGCAAGGAACUACAAAGUCAAAGCUGUGCAGCCCACACACAUACUGCAGGAGGGUGAUGUCAUCAACCUGGGCGACAGACAGCUGACGGUGCUCCACAUGCCCGGGCACUCUCGGGGCAGCAUCUGCCUCCACGACCGCGACAAUAAGCUGCUUUUCAGUGGGGACGUGGUGUAUGACGGCGCCAUGAUUGACUGGCUGCCCUACAGCCACGUCAGCGACUACAUCAGCAGCUGUGAGCGCCUGGUGGGGCUGGUGGACAGUGAGCAGGUUGACCAAGUCCUCCCAGGACACUACAACACCUUUGGUGCGAAGCGGCUCCACCGGAUUGCAACCACAUACAUCAGCAGAGCUGGAACGUGCCCCGCAAAGUUCUCCACAUUUGCCUGGGGCACUCUGGCCGGGAUGGCGCUGCGGGCGUUUAACCCACGGAGUGCCUGCUAAUGAGAGGGGACCAUGAUGGAGCUGGAGGAAGCACAAGUGCACAAAGAAAGAUGUAUAAAUAUGGAGGGGGGACACACCCCCUUAUUUAUCUGUAACUUGAUGUAACAUUGUUCAUUUACUUAUGUAAUCCAACAGAUGUCAUAGAGGAAUUGCCAAACUUUGUGUAAAACGCCCGAUUGGGUUACAUAAGUCAAUAAUCAGCAUCAUAUGAAGCAUACAAUAAUAUAAGUAUUUAUAGUGUGAUUAUGUUCUAUACUAAUGAAUAUGUAUUUGUUGAAUAUGAUUUUUUAUACUUUAAACAGUUGUGAAAUUAUAAUAGCACAACAAUGGUACAGCUCUGCACUGAAACAGAAAGCAGAGUCAGCAUGGCCAUAGUAAUUCUCUAUGCAUUUUACAAUGCUCAGUGAAGACUCAGUGUCGACUACCUCCUACGUUUGUAACAGUGCUUUGUACUAUUGACAAUAUAUAAGGCUUAGAUAUGGAAACAUUGACAAUAAAGCCUCUGUUCUACCUGCC